AUGAAGAGCUUCUCAGAAACAAUUGUGGACCUGCAGCUUAUGGAUUUGCCUUUACAAGGGGCUCAAUAUACAAGAGGGGAGGACAUUUUCCAAGCCUCACGGAUUGACAUAUUCCUAGUUUCUCUAGAAUGGAAUGAAAGCUUCAAUGUUGUCAGACAAUUGGCUCUUCCAAGAGUUAUUUCAGACCACAAACCUUUAUUGUGGCAGUCCAGAUUUUGUACUAAUCCAGAAGCUGAGGAGCUUGAAAAAAGAUACUGGAACAGGGAAGUCUUUGGUAAGCUAGACACAAGGAGAAGCAGAGCGCUAGAUGAGCUGUCAGUUUUAGAGCAGGCAACAGAAAACAGAGCUCCGGACCAACUUGAAAAGCAAAGGUUCAUAGCUCUGAAAAUGGAGCUGGAAAAGAUUGCUAAUGCAGAAGAAACCUCAUGGAGGCAGAAAUCUAGAUAUUUGUGGUUAAAAGAAGGGGAUAGGAAUACUAGAUAUUUCCAUACAAUGGCCAAUUCACACAGGAGGUACAAUUCUAUUGACAAGCUCAAGAUAGGCGAUGAGAUUACAGAUGAUAAAGAAUUGAUCAAGAGGGAGAUCUUAAACUACGACCAGAAUCUCUACAAAGAAAAUGAAGAGUGGAAACCAACUUCCAGCUUUGAUGAUGUUGCCAGCCUACCAGAAGAAGAGAGAAAGAUGCUAGAGCAAUGCUUUGAGGAAGAAGAAGUUCAUGCCAUCAUUUAG